UUCUCGCGAGAGCUGGCGACAGCGACGCAACGCGGUGGCGGCGGCGGCGGCGGCGUGUCGGAGAGAGGAGCGUGGGGGCGGGGAGGAGAGGCGGCGGCGGCGGCGGCGGCGGCGUCUCAGCUGCGCCACAAGGGGCUGGGGCGCCGGGCACCUGAGCGCCGAGCGGGGUCGUGGCGGCGGCGGUGACGCGAGGGAGGCGGCGGUGGCGGCGGGGGCGUCAUGGCAGGGCAGCAGUUCCAGUACGAUGACAGCGGGAACACCUUCUUCUACUUCCUCACCUCCUUCGUGGGGCUCAUCGUCAUCCCGGCCACCUACUACCUCUGGCCGCGGGACCAGAACGCCGAGCAAAUCCGCCUGAAGAAUAUCAGGAAGGUGUAUGGAAGGUGCACAUGGUAUCGCCUGCGGCUGUUAAAACCCCAGCCAAACAUCAUUCCAACAGUAAAGAAAAUUGUUCUUCUUGCGGGAUGGGCAUUGUUCUUAUUCCUUGUAUACAAAGUUUCCAAAACAGACCGAGAAUACCAGGAAUAUAAUCCUUAUGAAGUAUUAAAUUUGGAUCCUGGGGCAACUGUAGCAGAAAUUAAGAAACAGUAUCGUUUGUUGUCACUUAAGUACCAUCCAGACAAAGGAGGUGAUGAAGUUAUGUUCAUGAGGAUAGCAAAAGCUUACGCAGCUUUAACUGAUGAAGAAUCUCGGAAAAAUUGGGAAGAAUUUGGAAAUCCAGAUGGACCUCAAGCCACAAGUUUUGGAAUUGCCUUGCCAGCUUGGAUAGUUGACCAGAAAAAUUCAAUUUUGGUCUUACUGGUAUAUGGACUGGCAUUCAUGGUUAUCCUUCCAGUUGUUGUGGGCUCUUGGUGGUAUCGUUCAAUACGUUACAGUGGAGACCAGAUCCUAAUACGCACCACACAGAUCUAUACGUAUUUUGUUUAUAAAACUCGAAAUAUGGAUAUGAAACGUCUUAUCAUGGUUUUGGCUGGAGCUUCUGAAUUUGAUCCUCAGUACAAUAAAGAUGCCACAAGUAGGCCAACAGAUAAUAUUUUAAUACCUCAGCUAAUCAGAGAAAUUGGCAGCAUUAAUUUGAAGAAGAAUGAGCCUCCUCUUACUUGUCCAUACAGCCUGAAGGCCAGGGUCCUUGUGCUGUGUCACCUAGCUCGCAUGAAAAUUCCCGAUACCCUUGAAGAAGAUCAGCAGUUUAUGCUGAAAAAAUGCCCUGCCCUUCUCCAAGAAAUGGUUAAUGUAAUCUGUCAACUAAUAAUAAUGGCCCGGAGUCGUGAAGAAAGGGAGUUUCGUGCUCCAAGUCUGGCAUCCCUAGAAAACUGCAUGAAGCUUUCCCAGAUGGCUGUGCAAGGCCUGCAGCAGUUCAAGUCGCCCCUGUUACAGCUCCCUCACAUUGAAGAAGACAGUCUCAGACGGGUUUCCAAUCAUAAAAAGUACAAAAUUAAGACUAUACAGGAUCUGGUGAGUUUAAAGGAGUCAGAUCGUCACAAUCUACUGCAUUUCCUUGAAGAUGAAAAAUAUGACGAGGUCAUGGCUGUCCUUGGGAGUUUCCCUUAUGUGACUAUGGACAUCAAAUCUCAGGUAUUGGAUGAUGAAGAUAGCAACAACAUUACAGUAGGGUCCUUAGUUACAGUGCUUGUUAAAUUGACAAGGCAAACAAUGGAGGAAGUAUUUGAGAAGGAGCAGUCUAUCUGUGCUGCAGAAGAGCAGCCCACAGACGAUAUGCAGGGCGAUACCAACAAGAACAGGGCAAAAGCAGUAUGGCAACAGAAGAGUAAAGGGCCCAAGAAAAUGGCUAAGUCAAAAAAGAAGAAAACUUUAAAAAAAAAACCUGCACCUGCGACCUUAUCACAGUCAAAACAACAAAAGCAAAAGCAGGCAAAUGGAGUUGUCGGCAGUGAAGCUGCAGUAAAGGAAGAUGAAGACGAAGUUUCAGACAAAGGCAGCGAGUCUGAAGGAGAAGAGACCAAUAGAGACUCCCAAAGCGAAAAGGGCGACGGCAGUGACAGAGACUCUGACCGAGAGCAAGAUGGGAAACAAAGCGGAGACGAUGAAGCAGAGUGGCAAGAAUUACAACAAAGUAUACAGCGAAAGGAGAGAGCUCUCCUGGAAACGAAGUCAAAGAUAACACAUCCUGUUUAUAGUCUUUACUUCCCUGAGGAAAAGCAAGAAUGGUGGUGGCUUUAUAUUGCAGAUAGGAAGGAACAGACGUUAAUAUCAAUGCCAUAUCACGUGUGUACACUAAAGGACACGGAGGAGGUAGAACUGAAGUUUCCUGCUCCAGGCAAGCCUGGGAAUUAUCAGUACACGGUAUUUCUGAGAUCAGACUCCUACAUGGGUCUAGAUCAGAUCAAAGCGUUGAAGUUGGAAGUUCACGAGGCUAAGCCUGUGCCAGAGAACCACCCACAGUGGGAUACAGCAAUAGAAGGGGACGAAGACCAGGAGGACAGUGAGGGCUUUGAAGACAGUUUUGAGGAAGAGGAAGAAGAGGAGGAAGAUGAUGACUAAACAGCAGUAUAAAUGGACCACAACAUUUGCACAUAUUUGCUGUCUGGGAAGUGUAUAAUAAACCAGAAACAGUGCAGAACUGAUGUUGAGGGAGGUAUUAGUUCUUUCCUAGAAAUGGGUGCAUAAUCUAUAACUAGGCAGUGGUGGUACCUCGGCAUGGUCUGAAGCAAAAACUGCGGGGUGCUUGUCAAAGCUUGUCGAGUGUGGGAGGAAGCAUACAUGUGAUCUGGAAAUAAGAUGAGGCUUUUGCUGUCACUGCCGGAAGUGUGGGCUGUGCAUCUUCUGUUCAGUACAUGAUCCCAGUAAAAGUAAAGGCACAUGGCAAACGAUCUGUAAGUGAGCGGCUUUUCUUUGUUUAGCUUUAGUUUUUAGCAAACUACUGAAGUAUGAUAGACACCACAGAUACGUCCUAAGUAACAUCCACUCAAGUUUUGAUCUUUCAGUAAGUUCUAUCAUUCAUUGACAUUUUGCAGUGAUGCAGGACUAUAGUAGCUCCAUUCAUACUUAAAAAUCUUUUAUUUUUGCCAAUUUGGUCAACAGUUGGCAUCUCUCACCAUUCCACAUGCCACAGGGCUACACUUGGAGAAUUUUUGUUUUUUUUGAAUUGCCCAGUUACCAGAUUAUAAAAGUAACGUGGUGGCAUAAAACAUUUCUAAGCCCAGUUUAAGCAGAUGAGUGCGGGACCUGAUUCUUUUUUGAGUUAAAGGUCUUAAAAGUGAUUAUGGGACCACAUGCUCUCUGAAAUUGGUGACGUGUUAUUAAACCUUUAUUAAAAGGUUCAUUAUAAAAACUGAAAUAGAUCCUUAGCUUUUAAUCUACCUGACUUGGAUCAUAAGCCUCUGAAGGGGGAAGUGUGUGUGUGUGUGUGUGUGUGUGUGUGUGUGUGUGUGUGUGUGUGUGUGUGUGUGUACACGUGUGCGUGCACAGAGGAGACAUUUUUGUAUUCAUUUUGGACUCCUGUCAAUAAAAUAGAAGUUUGAUGCAUUGUA